AUGGGAGGUGGAAAUGGAGCUCUAUCAGUUCCACCAGGAUUCAGAUUCCAUCCAACAGAUGAAGAAUUACUGUUUUAUUACCUCAAGAAGAAGGUUUCCUUUGAACCUAUUGACUUUGAUGUUAUUCGAGAAGUCGAUCUCAACAAACUCGAGCCAUGGGACCUCAAAGAGAAAUGUAGGAUCGGGUCGGGUCCACAAAACGAUUGGUACUUGUUCAGCCACAAGGACAAAAAGUACCCGACCGGGACACGUACGAACCGCGCCACAGCCGCCGGUUUCUGGAAGGCCACCGGCAGAGACAAGCCAAUCCACAUGACCAGCUCAGCUAGAUCGGUCGGGAUGAGGAAAACCCUAGUCUUCUACACGGGCCGGGCCCCUCACGGCCACAAGACCGAUUGGAUCAUGCAUGAAUACCGCCUACACGACCACAACACUCCUCACCAAAUCCAAGAGGAUGGAUGGGUGAUCUGUAGGGUUUUCAAGAAGAAAAACCUGACCCGAGGCCGAGGGUUCCACCCGGACCCGGACCCGGACCAGGUCGAGCACGAAGAGCCGAUGGUACCUUUCCAUUCGGACGCAUUAAAUGGUUGUACCUUGCAGCAACACACCCACAAUCUCACAUUCAACAACUCAAUGCAUCUCCCCCAAUUAUUCAGCCCAGAACAAGCCACAGCUCCCUCCUCGUUCGCACCAUCCGGGCCGGGCGGGCCUUCGUUCAUUCAGCAGCCCGGCGACUGGUCGUUUCUGGACAAGCUGCUCAACACGGACCACAUUAGCAAAGCCCAUCAUUUUGGGCACGUGGCCGAUAUGGUUCCGGUGAGCCACCGGGUUUCGUUUCCCUAUCACGGGCUCGAGCACGAUUUCUCCAAGUUUCCCAAGUAG